AUGUCUUGUCCAAAAAAGAGAUCAACAAUAGCAAAGAAAAUAAACAGAUCAGCUAGUAGUGAAGCUUUUAUUAAAAAAAUACAAUUGGAAAAUGAAGAUUAUGUGGAUUUGGAGUUUGAUCAUGAAGACGAUAUUGUUUUGGACAACAGAAAGCUCCAGGGAAUUUCAAAAGAGGCUCCAAUUGAAUUAGAAGAAUCUAUUGAUAGUGAAUUAGAGAACAUACAGAUUGACAAAAUUGCUGUGCUUAAACUUGCACAUGAAGAUGUUAAGAAAGAGAUUCUCUCUUAUACUCACACAGGUCCUUCUUCACAGUCAGUUGAUGCUUUUGAACUCUGUAAGCUUAAAUCAGUUGAAUGCUAUCUUCAAUACAGAAUAUCAGGUGCCAAAACUAUGGAAGCUUCAGAGAAAGCAUUGAUAGAAAUAUGGCUUCACAAAAACACUUAUCGUCCAGCUGCUAUAAGAAAAAGACGUUCUUUAUUUUCGGAUGAAGAUAUAAAGUCUACUAUCUGUAAAUGGAUUCAGAACCAGAGACCAGAAAGUCGAAGUCCUAUUGAAGUGAAGAAGUAUAUUGAUGGAGAGAUUUUGACAAGAAAGCUUGAUAUAUCUGGAAAUACUUCCACAAAGGAUGUAAUUGCAUACCAUCAGAAAUGGGCAAAAAGAAUGAUGGUGUACAAGAAGAAAAUGACAACUUUUUCUGAAAAUGAAGAAACUGUAGUUUUGCCAGUACUUAGAUCUGAUGAAAUAGAGCAUGUUCUUGUUACUCACAAUGAAUUGACAUUCUAUGCAAACGAUGGGAAAGAUAACAUGUGGCUAAUGGAAGAUGAAAAUCCUAUCUGUAAGAAAGAUCCAGGAAUGUCUCUCAUAAUCAGUGAGUUCAAGUGCAUAUGCUAUGGAACAAUGGCUAGAGGGGCAUGGUCAUCACAAGAGGUAUUCUGCCCUGGGGCCAACAGAGAUGGGUACUGGAUGAGUGCAGAUAUGUUGAAGCAAUUAAAAAACAAUGUUAUUCCUCUUUUUGAAUUGAUUCAUCCAGAGUGCAAGGACGUCUUUUCAUUUGACCAAAGCACAAAUCACAAAGUAUAUGAUCAAAAUGCUUUGAUCUUAAGCAAAAUGAAUCUAAAUGACAAAGAGAUUGAAGAUGGCAAUCCUUGUUCUUUGCGGAAUACAAUAUUUGUCCAGAAUGAUGUAGAGAAAAUUAAAUAUGUUAAAGAUGUCCGUCAUAUUCUGGAGGAGCUUGAUUUGUGGCUUGAGAAGGAUCUGUAUAAUCUUAUUAAGAAAUGGCGACUAGACUGUAAGAGUAAAGACACCUCUGAAGAUAGCAAGUGCUGUGCACAUCAUUUUCUGGCUUCACAACCAGAUUUUAUGUCACAGAAAACUGCUCUUCAUGAGUCUGUCAAAGGCUCUGAUAAGAAUAUCCAUACUUUCCUGGAUCACGCUGGUAAGCUUCCAAAUAUCCGCCAGUAUUACAAUCACUUGUGGCGUUACAUUGAGGCAUACAGCCAAGAGAUGAACGUGAAAGAAGUCAAUGAUGUUGCUGUCGGACAUUAA